UAGCUGAGUUAAACUCUUUCCUACAAGUUUUGUAAGAGAAAAGAAAAAGAAAAAGGAAAGAAAGAAAGAAAGAAGGGGAGAGUUUCAAAUUUUCUGUAUUUUUUUUAAAAAAAAUUUAAUUUUUCUCUCUCUUUCUUGCUAGUUAUUAUUAGAUUUCGAUUCAGUUUUCCACUUAUAUAGAAGUUAAAGAUUCUUCAGAUCUAUGAAAUUUUGGAUGGAUUUUUGUUUGUCUUCUUUAAAACUGUAAUGUAAUUAUAGUUCUUCGAUUCUUGAAGAUGAUCGUUGAAAGGAACCCAUUUUUUCCCUUCAUUUUCACUCCAAAAAGAUCACUUUUUUUUCUCGAGAAAAUUCGAGUUCCUUUUCACUCUGUUUCACUGGGGUUCUUGAAAGAGAUGUGAAAGUUUUCGAGAACAAAGCUUACUCUUUUUUUUAUUUUUAUUUCCACUAUGGGUCUUAGUUAAAAUCUUCAGAUCUGUUCUCAUUCUUGUAGAUUUCCUCAAGAUCUCCGCCUUUUUCAUGUAGUGAAGUCUUCAUUUUUUUUCUUGUCUUUUCCCUGAAUUUCUCGGGAAAAAAGGGGGGAAAAAACUCUGUACGUUUCUGGGGAAGUGGAAAAAACAAUAAAGAUGAAUUACUUCCCAGAUGAAGUUUUAGAGCACGUGUUUGAUUUCAUUUCAUCUCACAAAGACCGGAACUCAGUGUCUUUAGUUUGCAAGUCAUGGUACAAAAUCGAAAGAUUCAGCAGGCAAAGAGUUUUCAUUGGAAACUGUUAUUCUAUCAGUCCAGACAGGUUGAUCGCCAGAUUCCCGGGUUUGAAGUCGCUGACUUUGAAAGGAAAGCCGCAUUUUGCUGACUUCAAUUUGGUGCCACAUGACUGGGGAGGCUUUCUUGAUCCUUGGAUCAGAGCCUUGGCUAAGAGUAGAAUCGGGUUGGAAGAGCUUAGACUUAAGAGGAUGGUGGUCUCUGAUGAGAGCCUUGAGCUGCUUUCGAAAUCCUUUUUGAAUUUUAAGUCUUUGGUUCUUGUUAGCUGUGAAGGCUUCACUACUGAUGGUAUUGCUGCUAUUGCUGCCAAUUGUAGGUUUCUUAGGGAGCUGGAUUUGCAAGAAAAUGAAGUUGACGAUCAUAGAGGCCAUUGGCUUAGUUGUUUUCCUGAAAGUUGUACAUCUCUUGUCUCCCUGAAUUUUGCAUGCCUCAAAGGAGAGAUAAACUUAGGAGCUCUUGAAAGACUUGUAGUGAGAUCUCCUAACCUCAAGAGUUUGAGGCUAAACCGUGCGGUGCCUCUUGAUACCCUCCAAAAAAUAUUGAUGCGAGCACCUCAAGUGGUGGACUUGGGUACUGGAUCUUAUGUACAUGAUCCAUCUUCUGAGGUCUAUAACAAAUUAAAAUCUGCCUUUCAAAGGUGCAAAUCAAUCAGGAGUUUAUCAGGGUUUCUGGAGGUUGCUCCUCGUUGCAUGUCAGCUAUUUAUCCAAUUUGCACAAACCUGACCUUCUUAAACUUGAGCUAUGCUCCAGGCCUUCAUGGUAAUGAGCUCACAAAGCUGAUUCAGCACUGCAGGAAACUUCAGCGUCUAUGGAUACUUGAUUGUAUUGGAGACAAAGGACUAGGAGUUGUAGCUUCAACAUGUAAAGAAUUGCAGGAAUUGAGGGUUUUUCCAUCUGAUCCUUAUGGGGCUGGAAACGCUGCUGUAACGGAGGAAGGUUUGGUCCUUAUAUCCGCAGGCUGUACUAAACUCAAUUCAUUGCUGUACUUCUGUCAGCAGAUGACCAAUGCUGCCCUCAUAACUGUAGCCAAGAACUGCCCUAAUUUUAUUCGCUUCAGAUUGUGCAUCCUGGAUCCCAUAAAACCUGACGCCGUGACCAAUCAGCCGUUGGAUGAAGGUUUUGGGGCAAUUGUUCAGUCUUGCAAGGGUCUUAAGCGGUUAUCGCUCUCUGGCCUUCUGACCGAUCAGGUUUUCCUUUACAUAGGAAUGUAUGCUGAGCAGCUUGAAAUGCUAUCCAUUGCUUUUGCUGGUGACAGUGACAAAGGAAUGCUCUAUGUGUUGAAUGGUUGCAAGAAGCUUCGCAAGCUAGAGAUCAGGGAUUGCCCCUUCGGUAAUGCAGCACUUCUAGAGGACGUGGGAAAGUAUGAAACAAUGCGAUCCCUUUGGAUGUCCUCCUGCGAAGUUACCCUCGGAGGCUGCAAGACACUUGCGGAGAAGAUGCCAAGCCUGAGUGUGGAGAUCAUAAAUGAUACUGAUCAGAUGGAAUUUAGCCUUGAUGAUAGGCAGAAGGUAGAAAAGAUGUAUCUGUACCGAACAUUGGUUGGGCACAGGGAAGAUGCACCAGAAUUUGUGUGGAUUUUGUAGGUGCAUUGUUAUGGCUCUGCCAUGUUUUUUCUACUUUAUUUAAGUAGUUGUACUUUGUUAGGACAACUGAUUUUUAUGGAUUCUUAGCUUCUUGGUGGUUUAGCUGUAUGCUACUGUUGUUUAAUUUACAAGAGAUUUGCUAUUUGUAAACCUUGUUAUUAUGAAUCGAUCUGUUCUAGUGUAUUUGCCAGAAUCA